CCAACAAACAUAUUGCUCAGCUUCCGGUUUGGCGGUCGCCAUCUUUCUUCAGCGCCUAGUGAAGGAGGACAACAAUUUCAACGGCUUUGGGAGUGGAAGGCGACAGCCCCAAGUCUAGCUGGUCAAGCCAGCAGGGAGCAGUAGGGAGACGGCGGCAGCGUGUGACUGACCUUGGCUCGUUGAGGUGUCCACCACAGCGGAAGAAUCAGAAAACGGCAUCUGAAUUGCUUCUGACAAAAAAUCCCAUCCUUAAGUACCUUAUGUUUUAUGCUGGCUUUCUGGUAGAUGUCUAGCUCACUCUCAUCUAAGAAACGCCGUGUUUCUGGGCCUGAUUCAACACUAGAGUCUCACUGUUUCCCUACCUACCCUGUGACGUUGGAAGUGCCCUCAGAACCAACCAACGGAAUGCAGAAAAGUAUUGAAACAGACAUAGAUGAAGGUCUUUACUCCCGCCAGCUGUAUGUGCUGGGUCAUGAAGCAAUGAAGCGUCUUCAGACAUCCAGUGUGCUAGUGUCAGGCCUGCAGGGCCUGGGUGUUGAGAUCGCCAAGAACAUCAUCCUUGGUGGGGUGAAAGCUGUUACCCUGCAUGACCAGGGCACUGCCCAGUGGGCUGAUCUCUCUUCUCAGUACUACCUACGGGAAGAAGAUAUUGGUAAAAACCGAGCUGAAGUAUCCCAACCCCGCCUUGCUGAACUCAACAGCUACGUGCCUGUCAGCACCUAUACAGGACCGCUGUUUGUUGAGGACUUCCUUAGAGAUUUCCAGGUAGUGGUCCUUACUAACACUCCCUUGGAGGAUCAGCUGCAGGUGGGUGAGUUCUGCCACAACCAUGGCAUCAAGCUUGUGGUAGCAGACACACGUGGCCUGUUUGGGCAGCUGUUCUGUGACUUUGGAAAGGAAAUGAUUGUUAGGGAUUCUAAUGGGGAGCAGCCACUCAGUGCUAUGGUUUCUAUGGUCACGAAGGACAACCCUGGGAUUGUUACAUGCCUGGAUGAGACCCGACAUGGAUUUGAGAGUGGAGACUUUGUCUCCUUCACGGAAGUUCAGGGCAUGAGUGAACUGAAUGGCAUUCAUCCUGUUGAGAUCAAAGUUCUGGGUAUGUCAUAGCCAUCACAGGGGUGGGCCACAAGUGAGAAGUGGUUGCUUGGAACAAAGGGAAAGUAGGUGAGCCAAUGCAAAAGC